AUGACAACAGCUAAUGAUCUCGAAAGAAGUUCAUGGUGUGCACUCGAUUCCGGCGUAAUGAGCGAAAUUUUGAAGUAUUUUAACGACACGGAUGGGGAUGCAGUUUUUGCUAUUUGGAAGACCUGCAAGCCAUGGAGGAGCAUAGUUCGGUCCAUUGUUCGUUACCCACCCUACGAUCCCCGCUAUCCUUAUCUUCUAUCGCUCAAAGAUCAGACAUGUAGGUUCGUCCAUCCUUUCUAUGGUCAUACUUUCUGCUUGGAGUUUCCAGAAUUAUUAAAUACACAUAUUCGUUUCUCUAAAUUCGGCUGGCUUCUUUUAUCUCGAACAUGUUAUAGUCACUUUUUCUUCAAUCCCUUCACAAGACGCAAAAUCGAAAUCCCCGAUAACUUUAUGCCCAAGAUUGAUCCUUGCCAAUUCACCAAAAUGUGUUUUUCAUCCCCUCCAACAAAUUCCGAUGAUUGCUACAUUGUUGGAAUUAGUUCUUUGGACCUCUUCUUAUUUGUUCCUGGUCAAUCUUGGACUGUAUAUUUUAUUUGUGGGCCUUAUCACUGGGAAUCCAAUUUAUAUCCUCAUGAAUUAAAAGACAAACUGGCUUCACACUCUCAUCCUGUCAUACAUGAGAACAAGUGUUAUAUUUUGGGAUUAAAUGGUCAUCUUAUAGUAUUUGAUUUCAAGAGCAGAAAAUUCUCUUUCAUCGGGAAGCCUUUUCUCCAUAAGAAAGUUGAUUCCGUUUACAGAAGUUUUUUGGUCAUUAAUGAUGAAAAACUAUUAGGUAUAUUUGAAUUUGAUCGCCGAGACAAAAUUCUGAUUCGGGAGCUAAAUAUAUCUACAAAAAAAUGGCAGAAGGUGUCUGACAUAGAUAACAAACUGGUAUAUGUCAGUUAUGGAUCAUCGUUUAUCAGAAGUGCUCCUACGGGAGUUGAAGGUGGCAAGGUUUAUUUUCCGCAAGUACUAGAAGAUACAUGUAUUUUCUAUUCUCUCGCUAGUAGAAAAUACCAAUCCAGUACUUCAAAUAGUUAUUCAAGUAAAGUUCCAGUUGAUGUUGAAGAACUCACAAAUUGUACUUGGAUCGAGUCAUUGCCUUAUAAAGAAAAUUAA